GUUGUCCGCUCUCAUUCAAUAAAUCGCAAAAUUCAGUAAAAAUAAUAUGUAAUUUGCUGGAAUAUUACCUUAUUUAAGGUAAAAAGUGAUCAAUUUAUUGUGUUAUACCCUACCUGGAUAAAUAAAGAUCAUACUCCCAGAUACAACUGAUACCAACAGGGUAAUAUUGAGAAAAAUAAACGAUGGCAGAAGGAGGACAAUGCAACAGUGCCCUUGCAAAUGACAACACUUUUUGCCAGCCCUGUAAAGAUGAAGGUGAGAUCAAGGAUGCACGUGGGUACUGUCAAAACUGCCAGGAGUACAUGUGUCAACACUGCAUCAAAAGCAUCCACAGAUCAUCAAAAACCAAGGGACAUACGAUCCUUUCAGGCGAACAAAUGCCUUCAACACCUCCUGAAAGAGAUGACCAGGGCUCAACCGAAGAAUAUUCAGAAAUGUGCAAGGUUCACACCAAUGAAGUACUUAAGUUCUUCUGUCCUGACCAUGAGGUAUUUGAAUGCGGAGUUUGUAUUGUACUUAAUCACAGAGCCUGUUCUGUUCAGUUUGUUCCGGAUGCCGCUAAAGGAUUCAGCAAUACCUCUGAAUAUAAAGAUCAAAGAAACAUGCUCGGAGCGAUACAAAACGAUAUCCAAACUUGUGAAGAUAAGGUUGAAGAAAGAUCAAUCUCUGCUAAUGAAGCCCAAUCAAUUGCUCUUGGUAAUCUAAAGAAGUUUAGGAAAAAAAUAAAUGAGUACCUAGAUGAAACCGAAAAGGAUAUUGAGUCAUUUGCUGAACAGCUGAAGGCAAGAGUUGAUGAAAAGAUAGGAGAACUGAGGAACAAAUAUGUUGAAAUAAAAGGUAGAGCUGAUAAAUCUGAACAAACCCUUGAUAUUGCAUCAAGUGAUGAAGUACGGUUGUUUAUGACAUCAAAGAGGUCCGGGGAAGACAUUGAAGGUUUAAAGCUGACAGUUGACAAACUAAAGAAGACCUGUGAGCAGGACAAUAUGAGAUAUGAAUUCAAACCUGAUUCUGUAUUUGAGAAAAUAUUGAAUUUGAAGAGAAAUCUGGGCAAAAUGACUGUGACAAACGAAGCUGAAAAUGAUGAUGAAAGAAAUGACAAUGAGGAUGAGUUGUAUUUAAAUGAAGAUGAAAAUGAUCAAAGCGAAGGUGAUCAUAUUGCAUCUGAAAACACAACCUUUGGCCAAGCUAGCAUAGAAGAUAUAUCGGUGAUCGAUGAUAAUGACGUAUUGAAAGAACUUCGCACAUGUAGUUUCAAUUGCAGGGUCUUUAACUGUUCGGAUGUAAAACACCCUUGUUUGCAGCACUCGAGCGUCUGUAUAUCCGGAAUGGCUGUGCUAUCCCCAGGAAGGCUCGUAGUUGCGGACAGUGAGUGUAACUCAGUGAAGUUAGUUGACACAUCCAACAGCAAGGUUCUGGCUAGAUACUCAACUGCCUCUUAUCCAUCUCAAGGUCAACAGCCAUUUGAUGUGACGGUAGUUUCAAAUGAAAAGAUUGCAGUUACUUAUGAUGGUAAUUCUCUGAGAAUUCUAUCCACAGAAAAUAACACGCUUGCUGAACUUUGCUGUGUUCCAAUUCCAACUCCCGGAUAUAUUUCCUACAUCAAUUAUCAGUUCUAUUUGUUAUCUGGAUCUUUGAUCAGUGUCCGAGAUGAUAAAAUCAAAGAUGCACAGAAUAGUAAAUUUGAAUUCAAAGGCAAUCUCUGUGAAAGAAAGCCUGCAUUUAACACGUCUGAUGGCAAUGUGUUAUAUGUCCCAGACAAAGCUGGCUGGGACACUUACACUUUAAGAAAAGUAUCUCUAGAUGGAACAAUUUUGGCUACAUAUACCGACUGGCAGUUUCGAAUGCCAGGAGUCGUAACAUCUGUUGGAGACGGAACUAUUCUUCUGUUUAACAGAGAUAAUCAAGAACUCUUGCUGAUGUCAGAGAACUGUGAGAAAAUAAGAAGUCUGCUGAAGUUCAAAAACGAGGAUGGGAUCAAGAACAUAAUGGCCAUGGUUUUCUGUUCAGAAACCAAGACUCUCUUUAUGGGUGGGGCAGACAAAUCCAAAACUAUAAAAGCAGUACAUUUUACGUAAAUUGUCAGCAGAUAUGAUGUGAAUAUAGACUUGGAUAGGAUUUAAAUAUAUGAAUAAUGGUAACCAAGAUAUGUGUUUGACAUUUUAUUGAAGCAUGUCCAAAUGUGUUUUUAUUGUAUGUUCGUAGCAAGUAUUCAACAUUCAUUUGAAAACAUUUUAAGAAAUUAUUAUUACAUAUACUUGU